AUGUCAGAUUCGGAGAGUGGAGUAGCUUCUGAAGUUGAGCACGAGAAACGGUCAAGAACAACUAGUAAUAGACCCAACUAUGCAAUUGACAUUGAAGAUUUAGAUAUUGAUGAAAAUAAUGAGAAUGAAGACGAUGACUACAGGGAAGAAGAAAUAAACGAGGGCGGAAAUGAAGAAGAUAUCAGUGAGGAGGAGGAACAGGUAAAUAGAAGUGGAAGAAAUAAAAGGAGGCGUAUAGAUGAAGAAGGGGAUUCAUCAGAUGAUAAAGAUGCUACCAGGCCUGGAAGUCGUCCCAGAUCAAAAAAAGCUGUUUUCCCCGGAAUAGAUGAUGCUGAUGAAAGCGUAAAUUCUCUAACAGUGGUCAAUGAAGAAUAUGUUUUACCAGAUGAUCCCGAAGGUGAAACUAAGAUAACUGCGGAUGGAGAUCUGUUGGGAGGUAGAGAAUUUUUAGUGCGUACUUUCACAUUAACCGAAAAGGGGAACCGAAAGUUCAUGUUAGCCACUGAGCCAGCUCGGAUAGUGGGCUUUAGAGAUUCAUACUUAUUUUUUCAAACUCACCCUAAUCUUUACAAGUUCAUUUUGAAUCAAACUCAAAAGAACGACUUAAUAGACCGUGGUGUUUUACCUUAUUCAUAUAGAAAUAGACAAAUUGCUCUUGUCACUGCUAGGGGUGUGUUUAAAGAAUUUGGUGCCAAAAUUAUACGUGGAGGCAAAUAUAUAACUGAUGAUUAUUACGCUUCUGAAUUAAGGACAAAAGGAAACGUAAUUGAGGGUAAACUUGCUGGCGAUCCUAUCGAUAAAUCUGCAAGGGCCUUGGAAAACAUAAUGUAUCCCGUUCCAGAAAAUGGCAUAAACCCUGCAAAGAACCAAGUAGAAUUUUUUGAGCACAGACCUCAUGGUCAUAUGAGUAAUUCUAAUAUUAUUGCAUCAGGUAGUAAGUUGAGUUCGACAAAUUGGUUGUAUCAACAUUCUGCUGCUUGCAGUAGGUUUAAUAGUGAUCUCUUUUAUGAUAGAGUAAAGGUUCUGCUUGUAGACCAACAAGGCUUAAGAGAUGCGUACACGAAUACAUUGCACAUACCAGAAUCUACACAACCAACCACUGUUUUAGGGUGGAAGAGAUCGAAGAACCACAGUCCUAGUGACACGAGUAUUACGUAUGAAACUGUUAUACACGACAAUGAUCUAAAUAAACCGAAAACGGGACUGUCGGAGAUUUCUAAAGAGAUCUAUGAAGAUGUUGUUGACGAAAAUGUUUUAAAAGCUAUCGCUGAUCAAAAAGAAUUUGAAAAGUGCAGCGAAUAA